AUGACUAUUGAUGGUCAUCUCCCGGGGCUCUUCAAUUCGCAACUCGCAGGCAGCAGCCGGCUUGGAAAUGGCGACCAAGGAUGUGAGGAACUAUUUGGAUCUCAACAUUUUUCUGGAAUCCCGGUUGUUGAAGCUAUGAUGUCUCAGGCUAUGUCGAUGCCGAUGGGAGUCCAAAACAACAUGCCGAUGGGAGUCCAGAACAACAUGCCGAUGGGAGUCCAGAACAACCUAACCGACCAGUUUAAUAGAAAACGUACCAGGGGUCUUUCUUUUGAUCAAUCGGGUAAUUAUUGUUUUGCGGAUUUACCUCCAACUGUCGGAGAUAAAAUCUCGUUGUUGAUUCGACAACAACAAAUGGAAACCGACUCCUUAAUUAAUGAACAUGUGAAGAAAUUGAAAAUGGACCUCUUGGGGCGUCAUGCUCAGCAGACAAAGCAACUGUUAGCUUCGCUUAGUGAAGGAUAUUUGGGGAAAAUGAAAGAACAAAGCGACGAGAUCUGGAGAAAAGGAAGGGACAUAUGGUUCCUUGAACAAAAAAUACAAAAAUUAACGGAGGAUAACAAAUCGUUGAUGAAUUCAGCGAUGACUAGCGAAGCGAAUGCCAAUUCUAUACAAGGGAAAUUGGAUCAACUUCUAGAUUAUUAUAAUUCGAAUGAGCGUAUGUUGGCUGUAGUUAAUGCUGAGGAGGUGGAAUCCCAAUGUGAUAGCAAUUAUCAUAUUGUAGAGUUAGCCGGUGAGACCGAGGGUGGUAACGGUUGCGGUCAUGACGGUUUUGUGCCGGAGAAAUACAAAUGUAAGGCAUGCGGUGAGAUGGAGGCGUCUGUGUUGCUGCUACCGUGUAAGCAUCUUUGUCUAUGCUCAUCUUGUGGUAACAAUAUGCGUCGCACUUGUCCUGCGUGUGAAACUAACAUUGACGCAACAAUCCGUGUCAAUGUGGUUGGAAGAAAUUGA